CAGUAAUGAGUAAUCACACACUAAUACUCUAACCCCACAUCUAAAACUAAUCAUGUGACGCUAAUCUCGCUCCUCCCUCACCUUCUCUCUCUACACUCAUUUUUUUCUCUCUGCUAAUUCAGUUGCAGAGAGAAAAUCAAGCCAAAAAUCUCUCUAAAUUUGAGCAUCAAUUCGCACCAAUCAAAUCAGUCCACCUGCACACUGCUCUUUCAAAUGAAGUCGCUGUCUCUGUCGCUGUCUCAGACCAAGGUCUCGACGAGUCAGCCCGGUAAUCCUCUCGUCGCCUUUGAGCACAAGAGGGAUGCGUAUGGAUUUGCAGUUAGACCGCAGCAUUUACACAGAUACAGAGAAUAUGCUAAUAUUUACAAGGAAGAAGAGGAGGAAAGAUCAGAAAGGUGGAAAACUUUCUUGGAACUACAAGCUGAAUCUGCUGAAUUGCCUAUAAAUGACUUAUCUUUGGAAGAAGACAGCACAUUGGAUGCUGAAACAACACAGAAGGAGACGAGGAAUGGUGUUGAAGCAGAAGAUUUAAGCAAUGGGGAUUCUGGUUCUCAUGUUUCGCCUGAAAGUCUUACUGAAGUUGACGAGAAACAGUCCACUGCCAGUAAAAGAAUUCAUAGGGUGCAAAUAUGGACUGAGAUUAGACCAUCGCUUAAUCAAAUUGAAGAGUUGAUGAGCAUUCGUAUAAAAAAGAAGGGGAAUCCACUAAAAGACCAGCUAGAUAAUAAGAAAGAACUUUCUGUUGAAGAUACAAAAUUGGCAAAAAUUGCCUCAGAAGAGGACUCAGAGGAUGAGUUUUAUGAUGUUGAAAGGUCAGAUCCAGUUCAAGACAACUCUUCCAGUGACGGUGUUAGUGUCUCCGGUACAGGUGCUACUGCAGCUGAUGGGACCCCUCUUGAAUCAUUCUUCCCCUGGAAAGAAGAACUGGAGUUUCUUGUUCGUGGUGGUGUGCCGAUGGCACUCAGGGGAGAGCUUUGGCAAGCAUUUGUAGGUGUAAAGGCACGCCGGGUGGAUAAGUAUUACCAGAAUUUGCUUGCUUCAGAUUUUAAUUCAGGACAUCAUGAAGAACAGUCAGGUACUGACGCUAAGGGUUCAACUACAGACCCUGCUUGUGUACCUGAGAAGUGGAAAGGGCAGAUUGAGAAGGACUUACCUCGGACAUUUCCAGGCCAUCCUGCAUUGGAUAAUGAUGGCCGAAAUGCUUUAAGGCGGUUGCUUACAGCUUAUGCUCGGCACAACCCCUCUGUUGGUUACUGUCAGGCUAUGAAUUUUUUCGCUGCCUUGUUACUGCUUCUGAUGCCUGAGGAAAAUGCAUUCUGGGCACUGAUGGGAAUAAUUGAUGACUACUUUGAUGGCUAUUACUCUGAGGAAAUGAUAGAGUCUCAGGUUGAUCAACUUGUUUUCGAGGAGCUAGUGCGCGAAAGAUUUCCUAAAUUAGUGAAUCAUCUGGAUUACCUAGGAGUGCAGGUUGCAUGGGUAACAGGACCCUGGUUCCUUUCCAUCUUCAUGAACAUGCUUCCAUGGGAAAGUGUUCUUCGACUGUGGGAUGUGCUUCUUUUUGAAGGAAACCGUGUCAUGCUGUUUAAGACUGCACUUGCUUUGAUGGAAUUAUAUGGCCCUGCAUUGGUCACUACCAAGGAUGCUGGAGAUGCAGUCACUUUGCUACAGUCUCUAGCUGGCUCAACAUUUGAUAGCAGUCAACUUGUAUUAACAGCUUGUAUGGGUUAUCAAAAUGUAGAUGAAAUUAGAUUACAGGAGUUGAGAAAUAAGCAUCGGCCUGCGGUUAUAGAUACAAUCGAGGAAAGAACAAAAGGGCUUCAAGCUUGGAGAGAUUCACACGGUCUAGCAUCAAAGCUGUAUAACUUUAAGCAUGACCCCAAGUCAAUGCUGAUAGAGGCAAAUAAGCAGAAAAGUGGUGACUUAUCUCGUUCAGGGUCUGGAUCCACUAAUGCAGAUGAAGUUCUUGUAAGCUUGACAGGGGACAUGGAGAUAGAUUCUGUUCCAGAUCUUCAAGAUCAGGUGGUUUGGUUGAAGGUUGAGCUAUGCAAGUUGCUAGAGGAGAAAAGAUCUGCUGUACUCAGGGCAGAAGAGUUGGAGACUGCUCUCAUGGAGAUGGUCAAGCAGGAUAAUAGGCGGCAAUUGAGUGCCAGGGUUGAACAGUUAGAGGAAGAAGUUUCUGAGUUGCGGAGGGCCAUUUCUGAUAAGCAGGAACAAGAAAGCGUCAUGCUUCAGGUUUUAAUGCGAGUAGAGCAAGAGCAAAAGGUGACGGAGGAUGCUCGCAGAUAUGCUGAGCAAGAUGCAGCAGCUCAGAGAUAUGCGGCUCAAGUGCUACAGGAAAAGUAUGAAGAAGCCCUUGGUUCACUUGCUGAAAUGGAGAAAAGAGCGGUAAUGGCAGAGUCAAUGUUGGAGGCUACUUUACAGUAUCAAUCAGGACAGCUUAAAACCCAACCUUCACCACGGUCAUCUCAUCCAGACUCUCCACGAGGAAAUCAUGAGCCUGCACAAGAGAUACCCGCUAGAAAGAUUGGGUUGCUGUCUCGACCGUUUGGACUUGGUUGGCGUGACCGCAACAAGGCAAAACCUGCAAAUGCCGAAGAAGCACACAACGGGAAGUCUUUCAAUGAGGUACAGAGUCCUAUCCCAGAGCAGAAGGCCAAUGAAGUAGAGAGUUUAAGCACCGAGCAGAAGGCCAACGAGGUGCGGAAUCCAAGCACUGGUCAGAGGCCUUACGGUAGAUAAAGAGUAACGGUUUGCACGUUUAGUUUGAUCAUAUACUAUAUAUAGAUGUUGAAUUCUCUAGUAUCAUCGUCGUGGUAGAUAGCUUUUCGUGUACUCGUUCAAGUUCAGGAGAGAGUAGACUAGUUUUUUUUUUCAUCUGUUAUAUUUUUUGUCGGACCGCCAUUAUAGAGCUAUAUAUCCAUUUAUUGUUUUUGUUCAUUGAACAAUAAUAAUAGUAUCAUAGUGGUGAAGAGAAUGUAAGACAGAUAUGAUAUUCAAAAAGUGAAGAUAUUGUAUAAUCUUUCUUA